AUGCCUUCUAUGAACUCUACCGUCUUCCACGCAUAUGCGUACGGCACAGCAUUCUGGUACGGCCUGCGUGGCUUGUGCCGUGUAUAUGACCCUAUCAUGGUAAUCGGAUGGUUCCGUCCCCCCUCACAACUCAACCUUGCCCCCAACGACCUCGAAACCUACAACGUGCGCAACGACGGCUGGUGCCUCAUCACGCUCGCUCUCGUCCUCAUUUCUCUUACCAACGCCGUCCCGUUUACCGCGGAGUCGGCGAAGAAGUUUUCGUCGGUACCGUACGCUAAGGCUAUUGUCGCGGCGACCAUCUUCCACCACGUUGCGACGGGGAUUGGGGCGUACCAGCACUAUAAGCUGCCGAGCCAUUACAAUACUAGUAUGGGCAUUGGCGUUUGGGGCAACAUUUGGUUGUCGCUGACGGGACUUUUUACACUGGCUUUACUGCAGAGUGAUGCGGGGGAUAUGUCUGUUGAGCAGGCUGCGAAGAAGGUGAGAUGA